ACGGGACUUAGGAAGCGCUGUUACACUCAGAAGCGGAUGAAACAGAACGAAAAGUUUAGAAUCAUCCGGUGGCGUUAUUGAAAUACAUCACAAGCAAUGAAUUGCAAACUUAUAUCUCGUGAAAAAUCGCUCCAAUUACCCAGUGCCGUCAAACACGCGUGUCAUGCUAUGCUAUACGCGCCGUCGGAUGAGAAACUAUUCAGCCAUAUUCCUGUAAAAUACGCUGUUUUGAUGCAGAUGCGUUUUGAUGGUCAGUUGGGGUUUCCAGGAGGGUUUGUCGACCUUAGUGAUCGCACUUUGGAGGAAGGUUUGAAACGAGAGUUGUCUGAAGAGCUGGACUAUACCCUUGAUUUUGCAGAGUCUGACCACAUGUACUGCCAUAUAUGGGAAGAACCCAUUCAUUUGGUGACACAUUUCUAUACGAAAAGGCUAACUCUGGCGGAGCUUCGGGCAGUAGAAGCUGCAGCUGUUCAGGGAAAGGAAUUUGGACUUGAGACAAUGGGUCUUGUCCGGGUCCCUCUCUUUUUUCUACAUGAUGGAAAAGGUGGCCUGCCUUCUUUCCUGUGCAAUAAUUUCAUUGGAAAUGCCCGCAGUCAGUUGGUGGAUGCUUUGAAAUCCUUGGGUAUAGUGAAAGAAGAGCAAUUAAAAAGUGCUCUCAAAUCAAGCAGCAGAUAAAACACAGACACACACUUGUUAUGUACCUAUUAUAUCAUGAUAUUGGCACUUGUAAUCAUUUUAUUAGAAGACGUUAUACCUAGUAGCCUGUGGCCUCUAUAUAUUUGAGGGAAAUCCCAAGCAAAAAAACAAAAUGUUUACUAUACAAAAUAAUUACUGUAGCAAUGGUAAAUUCCAGGAAGAUGAGCAAAGAUGACUGAUCAUAAUUUUUUAGAGAAUAUAUUUUUGUUUAACUUUAUUCAUUUGAUCAUGUAGAGUCCAUCCAUCCAUCCAUUUUCCAACCCGCUGAAUCCGAACACAGGGUCACGGGGGUCUGCUGGAGCCAAUCCCAGCCAACACAGGGCACAAGGCAGGGAACCAAUCCUGGGCAGGGUGCCAACCCACCGCAGGACAUACACAAACACACCCACACACCAAGCACACACUAGGGCCAAUUUAGAAUCGCCAAUCCACCCAACCUGCAUGUCUUUGGACUGUGGGAGGAAACCGGAGCGCCCGGAGAAAACCCACGCAGACACGGGGAGAACAUGCAAACUCCACGCAGGGCGGACCCGGGAAGCGAACCCAGGUCCCCAGAUCUCCCAACUGCGAGGCAGCAGCGCUACCCACUGCGCCACCGUGCCGCCCAUGUAGAGUCCUGUAUUUGUAUUAUUUAUUACUGAUUAGUAGAAAGAUAAUUAUAUCAAUUAGGGUGCAUCAUCUGCCCCAUGAAUUAAAAAAAAUUGCAACAUAAGCUGUUGUCCUCAUGCUAAUUUUGUUCUAGCACCAAUACAGAUAUAAGGUGCAAAAUCUGGUGAAAAUAUGGCCAUCCCUAUGUGGGCCCCCAUCUACAUGAAGU